AUGGUGUGGUUUGCUUACACUGCCAAUCCACUUCCUAAUAAAUGUGUUCAAUAUCUGGUCAAAGAUGGAGGAAAUAAAACAUUUUCUCAUCGUAAGAAGGUUCGGUGUGGAAGUGUGUAUGUUACGUCUGAUGAUACAGCCCUACAAGUCACCAACAAUAUACUCUCUGCAACAUGUUUAGCAGAGAAAAAGAAACGAGGCCAUAAAUUUACAGUUGCCAUAGGAACUACACAUGGGCAUAAUCCUUUUUCUUAUUUCUUAAAAUCUGAAAGAAAUGACAAUUACAGACAUCCAGAUCAAGACUAA